AUGUCUGCUGCUGCGUAUCGACUCGAGAUCGACUCACUCAAUAUGCUGAUGAACCAGGUGCUUGAGCAAAUGGAGAAAGGACCAGUCAGUCUGAAUCUCGUUGCUAGAAUCAAAGCACAUCCGAUGUACGACGCCAGACCGAUGGUGAAAGAGUUGUUGGAGAGUAUUAUAGGUUCGUCAUCAGCUGAUCCACCUGCAGAAUCGUUGAACGGUUCGAUUUCAGCAGCACAGCCAGAACAGGUGCAACGAGAGACGAGCAAACUCGUCCAGCAAAGGAGUCAGGAAGUUGCUAGAAAAAAUCAACAAAGAGCGGCGUUCGACGUGCCAAAAGUGCCCGUCGCCCCUAAGAGGCCAGAUAAGCUUUCUCGGGCAGGAUAUGGAGAGCGGCCGUGGCAUAGCGUUGAGGUGGGCUUCGAUCCGGAUGAGGAAUCAGAACUGGAAGCGAGCCAUCAGCUGUCCGUUGCAAGUGCUGCUACCGAUGUCACAGUACAGACAACCUCGUUUGAGGACAGCGAGGACGAAGUUGUGCCGCCAGCACCACCGAAAGCACCGAUAGUAACGGAGACACUGAAGGAGGAGGAUGAAGCCGAUUCCGAAGACGAGGAGGACUACACCGACAGCGAAAUGGAGGAAUUGGCCGAAGAGGUCGAGCAGAAGAUUGUGGUGGAACAGUCGGAUGCACUGCCACCACCAGAUCCGGUCGUCGUGCAGCCGCAGUAUCUCGACGCUUUCGACCGUGGCCUCGUGAAACGGCAGAGCAAAGGGAAAUACCAGCACAGUCGUGUUGAUAUGUACGGUCGUGGCGUGUCGAUGGAAUGCGAGUCGCCCACACUCCCCCGGAAACCCCUCGGGGGACCACAGCCCACCAACGAGCAAUCACCUUUCCUAUUUGACAAAGCAAAGAAGAUUAUCAUGCAGUAUCCUGGACGUCCAGAUUUGUCUGAGAUAGAAGAUGGAUUGGUCAAGAAAAAGAAGGACUGGCUGAAGACGCAGGACCCCGACCAGCAACCCGGCGGCAGUGAUAACAGCAUUACACCGACACCAAGCUGUGUUGGGUCACUGCCACCCCGUACGCCGCCGAUGAUGGGAGAGGAACACGAGGAGGCAACUCAUAGCGAAGAAGAAGCGGUAAGAGAUUCAGUCAGUUCUUUCUAA